GAGCGGAGCGAUAUGCAUGCAAAUACAUAUUUACCUCUCCCACCGUCUUCAUUUCGCUCUUCAGCGGGGUGUUCAGUAUCGCCGCUUUCAGUCUCUUUGCGCUGUGAACUUACUGUCCCAUUUAUGUAGGUGAUGAGCUGUAACAUAUCUGUAGCAGUGUGUCCAUGUUCUUCAGAGCCAGCUUCUUCCUCUUCUGUUUAGUUUGGAUAACUAUGGCCCAACUCUUAGCACAAGACGAAAAAGAAAAAACAACUGCACUAAAAGAUUUACUAUCCAGGAUAGAUUUAGACGAGCUGAUGAAAAAAGACGAGCCUCCGCUGGACUUUCCUGAAACUCUGGAUGGCUUUGAAUACGCCUUCAAUGAGCAGGGCCAGUUAAGACAUACGAAAACUGGGGAGCCGUUUGUCUUUAACUACAAGGAGGACCUGCACAGAUGGAACCAAAAAAGAUAUGAAGCGCUGGGAGAGAUCAUUACAAAGUAUGUGUAUGAACGCUUGGAGAAAGACUGCAAUCUGAAGAAGGAGAUCCUCCCAGUUGAUGCGACUGAGGACGAACCCAAAAGCUUUAUUUAUGUGAGCGAGGACGCACUCAGUAACCCAGACAAGAUCAUGGUUCUCAUCCAGGGCAGUGGAGUGGUGAGGGCAGGCCAGUGGGCACGACGCCUCAUCAUUAAUGAAGACCUCAACAGUGGGACUCAGAUACCCUUCAUUAACCGUGCCAAAGAGGAGGGCUACGGGGUGAUUGUGCUGAACCCCAACGAGAACUCUCUGGAGGUGGAGAAGGUUUCAGAUCCAGCCAAGAAAGCGUCCCCGGAUGCCUCUGAUGAGCCGGCUGAAAAGAGAGAGAGGAAGGAGGAGCGGGAGAACAAGAAAAAGAAGGACUUCUAUGAGAAGUAUCGCAACCCGCAGAAGGAAAGAGAGAUGGAGCACAUCCCCAUACGAGAAAAUGGCAGUCCAGAAGAACACACACUCUAUGCCUGGGACUACUUCAUCUCGAAAUCACUUGCCAAAAACAUCUUCAUUGUGGCACACAGCUAUGGCGGCUUGUCUUUCGUCAAUUUGAUGAUUAACCGAGAAGCAGAAGUGAAGAGUCGUGUUCGUGCAGUGGCCAUGACUGACUCUGUCCAUAACGUCUGGCACCAGGAGGCCAGCAAGUCCAUUCAGGACUGGCUCAGAGAGCACUGCUGUAACUGGGUGUCGAGCCCUGAGCCCCUGGAUACUCUUGUGGACCCCAUGCUCAACGACUGCCCUCGUGUUUCAGCAGGUACAGAGAAGCACGAGCUAACAUCAUGGAAAAGCUUCCAGUCCAUCUUUAAGUUCUUCAGCAAUGCCCUUAAAGACCAUGAGGACGACUCCUCAUCCAGUCCGGUCACCACACGCAGCUCCCACCGAAUCAAACAUGAAGACUUCUAGAGAUCCCAACAUAGAGUCUAGUAUCGUUCCCUUUCUCCUGAUUCUGUUUCUCCUCUUUUCCUUUUCUGAAAACAUAUUCCUCCUUGAAGCCCUCCUCCCAGUGUAUUGUAUGACUCUGUGGAGUGCAGGGUCAGGCUGUAUACAUCAGAAUAGCGUUUUGCAUUACUUCUGGAUGAGUGCAACUGUCAAAGCAAUAUGGCUUCACUGCUUGUGCCUCCUGUGGGCCGCUGUGUGGAUUUGGUGGUGGCCCAUCGGUGGCCAGAUUAAGGCUGACAGGCGGCGCCGCACACCGCCUCUUGAUGCACCUCUAAUUAUCCUGACAUUGUCCUGAACUGAGCUAAUGCCUGGGAAGCACCUGCACACACACACACACACCCAUGCCUGACAGGUCCUAGUGCCUGCCUGCAAAGUCUAUUUGGUUUCCUGUUGUUUUUCUUCUUUCUUUUUUUCUUUGUUUUGACUGGAGUUUCACUUGCAGUUAAAGUACUGGAGUGCUUAGAAACUUUGUAUGUCAGAUGCUAAAGGCUUACAGGUUGUUUGUUCAUACGCAUAACACUUUAACAGGAAAAAGGCAACUUGCAGAGUCAAAUUCAAUGGCUAACUUGAGACUAGAUUACGAAUGAAUAGAAUGAAGUAAGCCAUUGACAGCAUGACAGAUUGGAAGAAUCCUCCUCUGUUUUUAAAUCCCUUAAAACCUUCUGCGAGCAUGAGUUUUAGAAAUGUCUCCUUUUAACGGAGCAGAUAUGUCAGUCAGGGAAUAUCUUCCUGUGUGUCAGGAUCAGGGAGAUUUAAUGGUAUCUGAAGUAUAAAAGCCAUUCCUUUAGAUGUUUGCUAAUUGAACCUGCCCUUUUAUUAUAAUUUUUUUGGCAGAGUCCAUGACUAUUCGGACUGUUUUAACAUCUCAUUGUCAUCUUCUGCUAACGCUAAAGCGUGUGUUAUGUUUCUGUCUCAGCUGAGACAAGAGGUAUUGUCUUUUGGACAAUGUAGUAUUAGUGGAGGCUUAAAGAUAUGUCGCUCAGGCAUGUCAACAGAUCAGUCUGCUUUAACUUGAAAGUAAUCUCUCAGUAAAAAGCUGCUCUGGUCUUGUCACUUUUUUAGAGAUUUAAUUUGUCAUUAGAUAUUUAGAUUGCUAAAGGUAAGUAAUGUAAAUAAUUGUGCAUAUUUCAUAAAAUAUGUUUUAUCCAAAAAUAGAAAUGUGAGUAAAGCUGGGGGAAAAGCUAACACCCCAGAUGCUUUCAUAUUAGGAAACUAUUUUUUACAACCAAUUAAACUUUUAAAAAUGUCUGCAAAUGUUCAUUAAAAGCCACUGAUUAACUGCAAGUUGCUUAUAAAUGCUGUCAAAAAUAUUUUGCUCAGAUCUAAAUAUUGUUGCCUUAGGAAAUAACACACAAAGUUCAUAUUUAAUUUUAUAUAUAUUUUAUUUUCAAGUAAAACCUGACAAGCCAUAUGCGAACUUCACUUGUACUAGGCGCAGCCUUAAACCAAAUCGAACUUAAUUGUUUUUUAAAUUAGGACUCGUUUUAACAAUUCAUGUUUUAAUCUUAGAGAUCUACAUUUUUAUUGAAACAUUCCAGUCACUCUGAAGAGGUAUGCUGUUUGCUGCACACGUGAAGCUGUUCACUAUUUAAGAUGUUUUCUCACGUUUGUAUUCGCUUUUAAUUAGGAUGCAAUGAAAUUAAACCUUGAUCUGAUAUUUCACUUUUCAUAACUCGUUAAAAUAUGUUUGUCUUUUGUCUUUGAAUUAAUGGCAGUUUGGUGCCCUGAUUUCUUCAUGUCCGUGUUAUUUGAAGGUAAUAAUGAUCUCCACACAUGCAGUAAUAAAAUUCUUUAUACAAUUGUG